AUCCCAGAAUGCCUAGCGACCGACGUCAGAGCUGCUACCUAGUUCCGGUUGUAGUGGCGGUGGCUGAAGCUCUUUAGUGGAACAUCUGUCAAAGGAACAACUCCUCUCUUAACACCAACCACCACCACCACCACUACAACAACAGCACUAACAACAACAGCACCAAAUACUGCGGGAUAUUAUGUAUACAUUACUUUAGGGAAAAGCUGGCAGUUAUCCAGGAUGUAAUUUUAACAAUCAAAUGUGGAAUACUUUUGUACCUAACUUUUUAACAAAAGGAACAGAAAAACUCUUUAAAAAUGCCCAAGCCUCACAAACAUUCACCAUGAUGUAGGGAAGACAAAUAUACCGCAGAACAUUGGCAGUUCCCAAACUGGAUAGAUAAAUAAUUGUUUCUGUAGGCCUUUGUGCCUCUUCCUUGUUUACAGUUGUGCUUUGACAAAUACAGACUAACAACAACAAAGAGAGAGAGAGAGACAAAUACACACAUACAGACAGAGAAAGAGAGUAUUUAUUUGAAAUUUUAUAAAGUGAGGAGUGACUCUUCCUCCACUUUCAGGAUGUGUACGAACUGUAAACUUUUAGCUGAUCCAUUGCUACAUCAGUUGUUUCUUGACUCUAGCACGUGCAAGAGCUCAUCUGCAGUCCAGAGCAUUUUAUCUUCCUAUCCUAUUAAUCUGUCAUUCACCCCACCCACAGACCACUUCAUCUCCUUGCUGAUACUCUCUCCUUCUAGUUCUUCUACAUCCUCUCUUACACUACCUAUAGCAGCAGCAGCAACAACAAACUCAUUUUGAUUAGUUACUCAGCAAUCUGCCACUUGGGAUGAUCAGACGUACUAGUCUCCCCAUAACAAUCAGGAAAAAAUCAGAAAAUACAAAAAUUACACCUCUAAAAAAUAUAAAGAAAAGUUCAAAAAGUCCAAACUUGCCUAAAAAACACACUCCAGAAAAUGUUGGUUCCGGGGCCAAACCAAAAAGUGUGACAUCACUUCAACCAGAUACAGAUGUUCACCAGUAUCUUUCCCAUAGUGCCGAAGAGCUUGAUAACCUGGACGGAACUGGGUCUCUUGGCAAGCACCCAGUGGCCCCACUGGUGCAAGCAAUUCAACAAGAAAAUGGCACCCCUAAUACUACAAACACAGCAGCAACCACUUGUACGCCUUCCAUCACAACCACAGCUACAACAUCAGCAACACUCAGCUCUGGAAUCAGUGGUGGUAGUGGAUCUGGAGAGGCAUCAGUGGAUGAUUUUGAUGGAUCACACACCCCUGACCCAAAUCGUACCAAGGCUGCUAAAGAUCACCUACAAGCUAAAAUCCAUAAGAUAAUGGUGCAGAUAAAAAGUGAACAGGACUCAAAGGAAGCAGGAUAAAUGAUUUAUCUAAUCCAUCUGGUAU